UCUCCCUCUCUCACCCUCCCCGUGCAGCGAGAGGGGGGAGUCGCAAAACACAUUAGACAGCGGCAGUAGCAGCGUGCGGCUCCGGUAGCUGUUCGUUACCCUCCGUUGCCUCUCCAUGAACAUGCACAAAUGCAUACUCCCCUAUCCCCUAUGAAACCAUAACACAGCCCAGCCACCAUCAUCAUCACCAUCCCGUUUCUUCCAGACUCAUUCUUCGGGUAGCACAUUUUUUGCUUCUGGAACCCUGUGGGGAAAUACAACAUUGAGCCAACGCUGCGAUUCGUUUUUUUCUACCCUUUUCUGAAUGACGGGCGGACGGUUUGACUUCGACGAUGGCGGCACUUACUGUGGCGGCUGGGAGGAUGGAAAAGCUCACGGACAGGGGAUCUGUACUGGACCCAAGGGUCAGGGCGAAUACGCCGGGUCCUGGUCCAACGGCUUCGAGGUAGUUGGGGUUUACACCUGGCCCAGUGGCAACACCUACCAGGGGUACUGGGCGCAAGGGAAGCGACACGGGCUUGGUGUGGAAUCGAAAGGAAAGUGGAUCUACCGCGGAGAGUGGACUCAUGGGUUUAAGGGUCGGUACGGAGUGCGUCAGUGCCUGAACACACCUGCGAGAUACGACGGCACGUGGAGUAAUGGUCUUCAGGAUGGAUACGGAGUUGAAACAUACGGUGACGGGGGUACGUACCAGGGCCAGUGGCUGGGCGGGAUGCGGCACGGGUACGGCGUCCGGCAGAGCGUGCCUUACGGGAUGGCCACGGUGAUCCGCUCGCCCCUGCGGACCUCGCUGGCCUCUCUGCGCAGCGAGCAGAGCAACGGCACGGUGCUCCCCGACCUGACGUCCGACAGCCCGGCCGGCACGCGCGGCGGCUUCGUGCUCAACUUCCACAGCGACGGCGAGGCGGGCGGGGCCGGCGGGAAGAAGAAGGGCCUGUUCCGCCGCGGCUCGCUGUUCGGCAGCCUGAAGCAGCUGCGCAAGUCCGAGUCGCGCUCGUCCAUCUCCAGCAAGCGCAGCUCUGCGCGCAGCGACGCCGCCAUGAGCCGCAUCAGCUCCAGCGACGCCAACUCCACCAUCAGCUUCGGCGACGGAGACAUGCCCGACGACUACGCGCCCGCCGAGGACAACGUGGAUGCCACCACCACCGAGGCCUACAUGGGCGAGUGGAAGAACGACAAGAGGCACGGCUUCGGCGUCAGCGAGCGCUCCAACGGCAUGAAGUACGAGGGCGAGUGGACCAACAACAAGAGGCACGGCUACGGGUGCACCCUCUUUCCCGGCGGCACCAAGGAGGAGGGGAAGUACAAAAACAACGUCCUGGUGCGCGGCAUCAGGAAGCAGCUCAUCCCGCUCAAAAACACUAAAACCAAAGAGAAGGUGGACCGGGCCGUGGAAGGCGCCGUGCGAGCUGCUGCCAUCUCGAGGACGAAAGUGGAAAUAGCAGCUUCCAGAACGGCGCACGCCAGGGCCAAAGCAGACGCUGCUGACCAGGCCUCAAAGAUCGCCAUCCAGGACUGUGACACCGCCAGGGCAGUGGCCAGGGACCUUUCUCCAAGCUUUCACCAGCCAGGGCCGGAUUAUAUCAAACAGAGGUUCAGUGAUCCCAGGGACAUCAAGGAGAUCCCAGAAGAAAAGAAGGAGAAAACGCCGACAGGAAGCCCUCACUUUUACCGAAAAGGCACGACGCCCAGCCAGACCCCCGACCAAAGCCCCAACCAAAGUCCGGGCCCCACUCCCCCACCCUCUCCCCACGCCAGCAAGAAGCCCCAGUACAACAGCAUCCCCCCCGCCUCCAGGCCCAGCAGAACGGCCGCCAUCGAGCCUCCUCCUCCCGCCGCCAUCGCGGCUGCCAUCACCAAGGCCAUCCCCCAGACUUUUGUCAGACAGGAAGUGGCUAAGCUUCCCAAGAAGGCGGAGCCUGCGCACGUCAACAGCCCCGGGAACGGGCAGCUGCACUCCGACUACCACAGCUACCUGGUGAUGGCGGACGUGAAGACGGACCUGCCGGACGAGCCGGACGAGGAGCCGGAGUCCAGUCUGUCCGCCGCGGUGGCCAAGCCCCAGUCCCAGCAGCCCCGGGCCGUCCGAGCGCCCACCCCCAAGCCGGCAGCCAAAGACAACCGGCCUGAGCCAAGGCUUAAAAAGCAGGAAUCCAUCAAGCCAAAGAGUCUUGCCGAGACCAAGAGAGCUAGCACGGAAGUCUGUGAUGUCGUCGAGGAGGAAUCCGGUCCAAAUUCCAUCUUGGUCGCCCUCGUAAUGCUCCUGAAUAUCGGUUUAGCAAUUAUUUUUGUCCACUUCUUGACCUGACCUGAUGGAACCACAACAGAGACUGCGUCAGUAUGUGAGUCCGUUGAGGAAAGAAGAUAAAAAAGAACACGGUGGAAAAGCGGUGUUUAACAUUUUUAUUUAUUAGCAUUUUUUAAAAUGGACUGUAAAGGUGUAAAAAAAAAAAAACUGCCAAAUUUUAUCACUGUCGGGACAUCAAUUGUAAUAGCCUUUAUGAAUUUCAUUCUUUUUAAAUUAUUUUUCUUUAUACAGCUAUGUACAUGGCUUUUUUGUUUGAUUUAUUUCCUGCUAUUUCCACAGUAAAUAAAAUGGUUCAGAGCUGUUAUAAGUAUUAAAAAGACAGUAUUUGGGAUGUUUUUUAAGGCAUGCUGGUAUCAUUUAUACAUAAUCUAUAUACUAUUUGUAAACAUUUUUACAGAUCCAAAAUCUGUUGGUAUUUUUCUAAAGUAUGCACAGCUGUAUUUUGACAAUGAAAAAAAACUUUGUUAUUGGAUGUUAUUUUACAAUGAUCGUAACUUGUUUGUAAUGGUAUUACUGUAUGUAACAUCAUGUAACACACUGCAUUUGACAAUAAGAAAGGAACUUGUUUGUAAUGGUAUUAUGUAACAUCAUGUAACGCACUGCAUUUGACAAUAAGAACUUGUUUGAAUGGGAUAAUGUAACAUACACUGCACUUGACAAUAAAAAAUAUUUGUAAUUUGAUGACAAAAAUUUACUACAUUUGCCUAUUUUAAAAAAGGAAAUUUGUUUGUAAUUGGUCUGUGUAAAAUAUAAUAUAUUGUGGACUUCCACCAAAGUUUUAAAAUUUGUAUUGCUGUAUUUGAAUAAAAUGUGAACAGCACAGCACCUGUCAAUGAGCUGUAUGGAUUUUGAUUUAUAAAGCCUUCUCCCCACCUUCCGCCCACCUUAGAUUUUUCUGUAAGAUUUUGCUAAUUGGUUCCAUGAAUAUUUCAUUAUUAUUUCAAAAAAAUAUAUAAUAAUAAAUUGCAGCAAAUUAAAUUAUUGCUCAUU